AUGGUGCUUCCGUCAGCCAGCACUCGACGCCCACCCCAGCAGCUCGCUUCCGAAAGCUUGUUGCAUGAUUCAAUGGUCGAGCAAAAUUUGCAGCCUGUCAAGUUUGCGUACGCGUGGUACCUUGCCGACGAUGACGAAGACAUCGCUUGUGCAAUUUUGGUGUCCGCUUCCAUUGUCAAGGAAACUGCGCCCCGACACCAAGCAGAUCUCGUGGUAGUCUACAAUACUGACAUACCUGGUAAAGAGCGUUUUCGUAGGAUGGGGAUCAAAAUGGUCCAAGUGUCAGCAGCUGCUGCGAAGGGUGAGUCACAAUGGAAGGAAUCGUUCCUGAAACUUAGGGUGGCAGAGCUCUUUCAAUAUGAGCGAGUGAUUUACUUUGAUGCUGAUGCCUUCCCGCUGGGAAGCUUGGAGAACUUGUUUGACAUUGCUCAGUUCCCUGUUGAGCUAGCUGCACCUCGGGCAUAUUGGCUGCAGCAGCCAUUUGUCCAAAGUGGUGGGCCGAUGGUUCUCGAUCCUCGCAAGCUUUUUUUCGAUCGGGACUUCUCAGUGCCAAUGAACAAGUCUGUGGGAAUGCUGGACAGCGAGAUGGAUUGGGUGAACAGCCACUUUCGUGACAAAGCCGAUGUGCUUGAUGGCUUCUAUGCUCUGCUCAUUGGAGAAUGGUGUGCUACCGAUGGCAUCUAUCAGUACUGGCAAAAGUAUUUCCAGAAAAGCCCUGAGUGGGUCAUGCAGAAUGCAGUCAUGGUCCAUUUUAUCGCUGACUGGAAACCUUGGCGCAUCACUUCGGCAUCUCGGCUUCAUGAUAAAUGCCCGGAGGCGCAGCCACAGCUGCUUCAAGUUUUUCAGAGAUGGUGGGAUGCGAAGGCAGUUACAUCGCGAAUCGGUGAAAAGUUGCCCUGGCAAGGCGUUGGAACUCGCAUCCUAUAUCAGGAGACGUUCAGGGCUUGGGACACGGUCGUAAGGUCAGCUUGUGAUAUCGUCGAGGCAGAUGCAUUCCGACCGAUUGGUGUAUCGAUACCCAUGGCUGCUGAUGGCCACGAGUGCACAGCAGAGGUGGUAGAGGACCCGCAGAAGCCAGCGCAGUCUUGUCCCUUGGCUCGCAGUUGCCGACACUGCGAGGCUCUGCGCGUGCUCAUUGGAGUUUUCAUCGGCCUGGCGGUUGGCCUCGUGCUCUCCUUGGCUGCCGACCUGCCAGCAGAGUCGGAGAUCCUUCAAAUCCUGGCCUUCCCUGGGAAGCUGUGGCUGAAAGCCUUGAAAUGUGUGGUGCUGCCCAUGAUCUUUUGUGGCAUGGUCCAUUCCAUGGUCAUGAUGCGCGAACUUCCAGCCGCGCGCAGUGCCGCCAUCUGGGUUAUUGGGCUCUACACCACCACCACGGCAUUGCAGCUUUGGGAGGGCGUUGCCAUCUCUUGGACGCUGCUGCGAACCUCCUUGAAACCUGUGGAGGCGGCCCUAGCGAAGGAGACGGGGCUGGAGAAGAUGUCCAUGCUGGACACAGUUCUGAACAUCUUCGACCAGCUGGUUCCAAAAAAUGUAGUGAAGGACGCGGCACAGAACCACCUCAUCUCGGUCAUUCUCAUGGCGACCCGGCAGUAUCCGGCAGUCAUGUCUUAG